AUGCGCCUCACCACCCUCACCACCGCCCUCGCCCUCUGCGCCAGCAGCACCCUCGCCGCCCCAACAGGCAGUACCUUCGCCAUCGUCAAAAACCACUGCUCCUUCCCCAUCUGGAUAACCUCCGUCUCCAACAGCGCCAAGCCCGUCGUCAAAGUCCCCGCCUCGGGCAACUGGGUCGAGCCCGAAUACUUCGACGGCACGGGCACCUCCAUCCAGAUCGUGACCUCCGACGGCGGCUUCUACUCCGACGCGCCUAUCCUCAACUUCGGCUACACGUAUAACGAGAACAGCGUCUACUACGACUUGAACUCCAUCAAGGGCUUCUCCUUCUCCGGCCAGAAGAUCACGCUGGGUGGUGGAAGCAAUGGCGAUGUGCCCGUGAUUACGUGGGAUGGAGCGCCGCCGGGCCACCAGGAUACGAGGGCCUACUUUGCGCAGACGGAUUUGGUGCUUGACUUGUGCGCCGCUUAG